AUGUGCAGAUCUAAUGAUCUUCGAACUAGUGAAGCGUGCAAGGCUACAGGUCGUCGACAGAGGUUUUAUUGCAGUUUGGAUGGGCAGUCGAACAUUGAAGCUUCUGGUGGCGAAGAAAAAAAUGAGGUUUAUAAAAGUUGCAAGAGAACGGAGGCAGAUGGUGAAUUUUCAAUGGUGAGAUUCCAGGUUUUCUGUUUCUUCUUAGGAUCAAUGGCUCUUGCUUCUGCCAAGAAACAGCUGCGACUCAGCUCUAGUUUGUUUGAUCAACGGAAGCGGGGGCUGCAAGCUACUCCCCGUCGUCAAACCGACGAGAAAGAAGAUGAGGUAGAAAUGAGCCAAUUCGAAGAGGAAACACGUCGGCUGGUUUGGAACACUUCCAAUCCACUCGAGGUCAUUUGA